AUACUUUGUAGCCAACUAGGAUGCCCAUUUUUGGUGGAUCUACAUUCGAGAGAUUACUCAGUAAAGCAACAGAUGAGCAGGUCACGGAGCCAGAUUGGAUGGGCAUGCUGGCUAUGUGCGACCUUGUUAGGCAGCAAGAGAUCUCAACAAGCUCGGCCCUAUCAGCAAUACGCAAGCUCCUGUUUCACAGGAACUCCCAAGUUGUAAUGAACUCUCUGCUAGUACUGGAAUGCCUGGUUAAGAACUGUGGACAGCCAAUGCACGAGCAAGUCACCCAGUAUGAGUUUCUAGAGGAACUGAAAGAGCUUGUCAGGACCGGUUAUGCCACAGUGCGAACUAAAGUGCUGUCCCUGGUGGCUUCCUGGAAUGAAGUCUUUAAAGGAGAAUACCGUUACAACUCUGUGAAGGAGGCGUUUGAUGCGCUGAAGGUAGAAGGUUUCCAGUUCCCUGAGUUGAACAACUCUGAAGAUAUCUUUGAUGCUGCCAGGGCACCAGAGUGGGAGGAUGGUAGAAUGUGUCACCUCUGCAGACAGCUCUUUACCAUCACCAAGCGCAAACAUCACUGCAGGAACUGUGGUCAGAUAUUCUGCGCCGAGUGUACUGCUGAGCGCUUGCCUCUACCUCACUUUGGCAUCGAAAAAGAGGUGAGAGUCUGCUCAAUCUGUGCCAGUAAAGUUGGAAGUAAGAGUAAGGAGGCAGCAGCAGCCGCAGCUCCUGGCGCAGUUCCGGCUACUGCAGCAACCAUCGCUGCAGCUGCUGCUUCUGCCGGCAAACCUCCAGUCAAUCCUCAGGCUCGCGCACACUCGCCCCCUGCAAUACAGAAGUCUGCCCCUGCGGAGAACCUGUACGCGGAGGUAGAACACAUUAAACCUUUCAAAGAGCAGGUAGCACCUCAGUCUUACUAUCCUGACCUUUCCAAUGCUACUGUUGUGCCGAAUGGUUUGUAUCCAGCAGUUACCGCUCAACCGGCCGCUACUGCAGUCUCCCCACCAACACAACAACCUAUACAACAAGCUUACCAGCCCCAGGCGGUGCAGCAGAUAGAGGAACCUCAGGGUGAUAACACCUACACUCAGCAGAUAAAGGACCUUACGGAAAUGUUGAUGAGGAAACUUAACCAAGCUGCUAUGAAAGGACAACACGUGGGCACUGAUCCCCACAUCCAGACCCUACUAGCCUCCCUGACUGCUCUACACCCUAAACUAGUACAUAUAGAGGACACGGAACGGAAGAUGAAGACACAGAAAAUACUGUUAGAGAAGAUUGGAACGUGUUCUCAAGCACGGGAGAGUCUUAAUAAGAUGAGGGAAGAACAUUUGGAGAAGGUACGACAACAAGAAGAGGAACAGAGUAUACUGAUGAGAUUACAAAUGGAGCAGAAACUGGAGCUGCUCCGACAACAGAAGAUGGAGCAACUCAAAUACCAGGAAGAACUGAAGAGAAGACACGAACAAGCAGUGUUUGACAGGGAGACCGCUAAAGUAGCAGCACAACAAGCAGCCCAGGCUCCUCCGCAAGCAACCAGCCCAGCACCUGCCCCACCGGUCGUUAUGAGCACUCAUGUUAAUCCUAGCAAUUAUGUAGCACCACAACCAGCAGUCGGAGUAACUCAACCUCAACCCUCGUACCAGCACACCACGCGUACCGCCAACUGCCCGCCUGGGGUUUACGCUAAUCCUCCUCAGUACAUGGGACCCCCUCCUGGCGCUCGACCCAUGAUGGGGCAACAUUAUGUUCCUUCUCAGCAUCAUAUGGGACAACCGCCUCAAUCUAUGGGACAGCCGCCUCAAUCGAUGGGACAGCCACCUCAAUCUAUGGGACAACCGCCUCAAUCUAUGGGACAGCCGCCUCAAUCUAUGGGACAACCGCCUCAACAAAAUAUGGUACAACCUCCCCAAAAUAUGGGACAACCGCCUCAACACACCAUGGGACAACCGCCUCAACAAUCUAUGGGACAACCGCCUCAGAAUAUGGGACCACCUCCCCAGGGGUACCAGGGAUACCCUCCACAGUACGCCCCUCCUCAACAACAGCAUAUACAACAGGAACCGCAACCUCAACAACAAGACAACGAAGCCCAACAACAGCACCAACAACGCACACCCCCUGUGUCCCAACCACCUCAACAGGAGUCGGCAGCACCAGCUCCUCCUCCCUCCUACGCACCUCCUCAAUCGACCCUGUCAAGUCGCGAUGUAAUGAGUGCGCUGGACAACGCGCCUGCUGUUCCUACUGAAGCGCUACCACAGCCAGCGCAGCGCACACGCCGCAAUGAUCCUCCUGUUGCAGACUUGAUAUCUUUCUAAAACAAUGAAAAAGAUACUGAAAAAGACGUCUGUGCCAUUUAAAAUCUCGAGAUUGUUAUGUUUGAGGAGUUUCUUGAAACAUGUUAUGAUCAUUAUUGAAACAUGUUAUGAUCAUUAUUGAAACAUGUUGUGAUCUGAAUUUUCUGUUUGAAUGGGGAUUAAUCUUAAUCUGAAUUUUUUGUAGAAUAGCUGUUUAAAGUAACCGUGACACCGCUUCUUGUUGAAUUGAAUUUUUGAAUAUUUUUUCUUUAUCUGUAGAAUGAUUAAAUUGAUCUUAAAAUUCGAGUCCUCUUCAAGCAUUUUAUUUUAA